UAGCCCCGCCCCGGCGCCCAAGGCCGCGCCCGCCUGUUCGCCUUCGCUCUCGGCGCUGACGUGUCUAGGCGGUAGGGUUCCACUCCUCCCCGCGCCAGCAGCCACUCGUCGUGGCAAGAGGGGCGGGGUGGCCGGGGCUGGCGUUCCUCUUCGCCCCCGCUCCCGGCCCGCCCCCACGCCGCGGCCCCCCGGAUGAGGGUAUAUAUUCGCAGCGGGCGCGGGACGCAGAUGAGUGGCCGCGCGGAAGGAGCCGGAGCCGGAGCCGGGCGGAGCUGGCGUUCUGCUGAAGAAGCAGAAGGAUGGUAUUGGAGGGCUGAGCACACAUAUGUUGAACAUAUGGCAGCCUGAAGUUUGGCCUGACGCUGUGCUACACUUAUUUCUACAUGGUUUAUGAAAUCUGAAAUCAGGUUUACAGGUACAUAAAUUACACCCCUGUUUUCACAAAGCUUGGCUAUUAGAGCAUUAUGAACAUUGAUGACCUCAAACUCAGGUUGUCCAAAGCUGGGCAAGAACACCUACUACGUUUCUGGAAUGAGCUUGAAGAAGCCCAACAGGUAGAACUUCAUGCAGAGCUCCAGGCCAUGAACUUUGAGGAGCUGAACUUAUUUUUCCAAAAGGCAAUUGAAGGAUUUAACCAGUCCUCUCAGCAAAAGAAUGUGGAUGCACGAAUGGAACCUGUGCCUCGGGAGGUGUUGGGCAGUGCUACAAGGGAUCAAGAUCAGCUCCAGGCCUGGGAAAGCGAAGGACUUUUCCAGAUUUCUCAGAAUAAAGUAGCAGUUCUUCUUCUAGCUGGUGGGCAGGGGACAAGACUCGGCGUUGCAUACCCUAAGGGGAUGUAUGAUGUUGGUUUGCCAUCCCAUAAGACACUUUUCCAGAUUCAAGCAGAGCGUAUCCUGAAGCUACAACAGGUGGCUGAAAAAUACUAUGGCAACAAAUGCAUUAUUCCGUGGUAUAUAAUGACCAGUGGCAGAACAAUGGAAUCUACAAAGGAGUUCUUCACCAAGCACAAGUACUUCGGUUUAAAAAAAGAGAAUGUAAUCUUUUUUCAGCAAGGAAUGCUCCCUGCCAUGAGUUUUGAUGGGAAAAUUAUUUUGGAAGAGAAGAACAAAGUUUCUAUGGCUCCAGAUGGGAAUGGUGGUCUUUAUCGGGCACUUGCAGCCCAGAAUAUUGUGGAGGAUAUGGAGCAAAGAGGCAUUUGGAGCAUUCAUGUUUACUGUGUUGACAACAUAUUAGUAAAAGUGGCAGACCCACGGUUCAUUGGAUUUUGCAUUCAGAAAGGAGCAGACUGUGGAGCAAAGGUGGUAGAGAAAACGAACCCUACAGAACCAGUUGGAGUGGUUUGCCGAGUGGAUGGAGUUUACCAGGUGGUCGAAUAUAGUGAGAUUUCCCUGGCAACAGCUCAAAAACGAAGCUCAGAUGGACGACUGCUGUUUAAUGCGGGGAACAUUGCCAACCAUUUCUUCACUGUACCAUUUCUGAGAGAUGUUGUCAAUGUUUAUGAACCUCAGUUGCAGCACCACGUGGCUCAAAAGAAGAUUCCUUAUGUGGAUACCCGAGGACAGUUAAUUAAGCCAGACAAACCCAAUGGAAUAAAGAUGGAAAAAUUUGUCUUUGACAUCUUCCAGUUUGCAAAGAAGUUUGUGGUAUAUGAAGUAUUACGGGAAGAUGAGUUUUCCCCACUAAAGAAUGCUGACAGUCAGAAUGGAAAAGACAAUCCUACUACUGCAAGGCAUGCUUUGAUGUCCCUUCAUCAUUGCUGGGUCCUCAAUGCAGGGGGCCACUUCAUAGAUGAAAAUGGCUCUCGCCUUCCAGCAAUUCCCCGCAGUGCUACAAAUGGGAAGUCAGAGACCAUCACAGCUGAUGUCAAUCACAACUUGAAGGAUGCCAAUGAUGUACCAAUCCAGUGUGAAAUCUCUCCUCUUAUCUCCUACGCUGGAGAAGGAUUAGAAAGUUAUGUGGCAGAUAAAGAAUUCCAUGCACCUCUAAUCAUCGAUGAGAAUGGAGUUCAUGAGCUGGUGAAAAAUGGUAUUUGAACAAGAUACCAAGUUUUACCACAAUAGGAAUAGCUUUUAUUUUUGAUAGACUGACUGUGAACUUACAAGACCCCCUGGAUGAUUCCAGUUUAAAUAUCCACAGGGUUUUAUUUUGCUUGUUGAACUCUUACAGCUAUUGCAAACUUCCCAAGAUCCAGAUGACUGAACUUCAGAUAGCAUUUUUAUGAUUCCUAACUCAUUGAAGGUCUUAUUUAUAUAAUCUUUCUCCAAGCCAAGGAAACCAUUGGCCAUCCAGGAAAUUUCCUACAGCUGAACUGUAGUCAGAACAUUCAACAUCACUUUACCUGGAGCCGGAAGCAUUUGUUUUUGAAGUUGUACAUAGUAAUAAUAUGUCAUUGUACAUGUUGAAAGGUUUCUAUGGUACUAAAAGUUUGUUUUAUUUUAUCAAAUAUUAAGCUUUUUUAAGAAAAUAAUUGAACAGUGAAAUAAAUGUAUCUUCUUGUC